AUGGUAACGAGUACCACUGCCGAAGCUCAGUUACAGCCUCUAAUGGAUGGUACUGUUAGGCAUUUAUCGGAGUACCUAGAAGAGGUAUUAAUAACUUUAAAGGAGAAAGAGCGUGAUUGCCUAACUAUAAUUAGCAAAUGGGACUGCGAUAGGUCUCAACAAUCACAGUUCAAACAAAAACUAGAAAAAGACAUUGAUUCAAAUUCAAGCAUAUUCCAAAGCUGUUUUGCGCCUCUUCAAUUAGUUUCUGAAGAUAAAAAUAAAAAAGUUUUAUGGAAUAAUCCAACGCCCUCUUCGCCGCGAUUUUGUGGACCAAUAAGAUUCCGUUUUAUCAAUGAAACUAAUGAUGUAACUGAAGAAGAAAUAACACACGUCAAAAGCGCUAUUACCUUUUUAGUCCCACCAGACGUCGACCUAGGAGGGAAAAAGUUGUUAAUCAAGCACAAUUUUAUCAUAACCAUGGUAGAUGGAAAGGUCGGCAAUGCAGCUACAGGCACAAAGUUUACGAGUUUGGUAAUAGAUAUUCCUAAAUCCAAUUUCGGGAAUACAAAUGAUGGAAAUACUAGCAAAAGGUUUUUUGAGAAUCUCACAUUAGCUGCAGAAAUAACUGGCAUUAGGUAUAAACUGAUAUACAUAUUGGAAGAAAUUUCAAGCGGAUUUAAAGUUGAUCCGGUAAAUUAUGAAAGAUAUGCUUCAGAAACUGCUCGACUUUAUGUUAAGUGGUAUGAUUGGCAUCCUAUGAUGCCAACAAUGCACAAGAUUUUAGUGCAUGGUGCAGUCAUUAUUGAAAGAGCAAUGGUACCAAUCGGACAGCUUUCCAAGGAAGCAGCUGAGGCUUGCAGUAAAUAUUUCAGAAGUCACCGACAAGAUUUUGCGAGAAAAUAUUCCAGGCAUGCGAAAUGUAAAAAAAGAAAAGCAAAAACAUUUUUGCCUAAAACCUUGGCUAUGUUUGUAUCUGCAGAAUCCCAUAUUGAAACAGGAAGUUCAUCAAAGAGCGACGAAGAAAGUCAAGAAAGUCAAGAAAUUUAA